UAACGUUUAACGACACGUCGCUAUAAACUCUCCAUGGGGCACCUUUAAAGGCCCCGCAGGGGUGUUGCAGUGAUUUGAAGGCCUGUGGGUCAUUGGUCCACAGGACCCUCAAGCAGCCGCCUCCUCCUCCUGCCUCAAAAACGCCACACACCAUUCAAUCCGACGACUUGGCGGACUGCGGAUGAGUCUCUCUCUUCAGCAGGAGGAAAAAAAGGAAAAACUUUUGGUCAGGAGAGUGCUUCGAGAGUCUGAUGGGCGGUUAGGUGAUCUGGCGUAAAGUGAUCUAUGUUUGUGUAUGGAAUAUCGAUAAGUGCAAAAAGGAACGCGUUAUUUGCAUUAGUUAUUUAUAUAUUCAUGUAAAGCGGCGGGGAUGCGAGAGAGACGCCACAGCGGCGAGGAUCGCCCGCUCUGAACCGGAGGAGUCACCGGCAGAUGAUGUCCCAAUGUGAGAGUGCUUCCAGAGGAGACGAAGGAGAGGACGAAGGAGGAUGAAGAAGGGGGGAGAGGGAUCGAGAGCGGCAGAGGUGGAAUAUAAUGAAGUUGAGUGGGAAAGGACUGUGCACCGUCUUCUCCAGCACCCUCCUCUUCGUGUGCGCCCUGAGCGAAGUUGUCGUUGGAUUAAGAUGCGUCUCGUUGGGAUCUACGGUGAAAGCGCAUUUCCACCUCGGCGCCGCGGCCGGGGCUUUCUACUCCGGGCUACUUGUGGGAGUCGGGCAGGUCCUGCUGGGCUCCGCGCUGCUCUUUUGUAUGGAGAAGCCCGGCUGCAGGAAUUUCUUUCUCCUCGGUGUUGUGGUCUUCUUGUUGGGAGUCCUCACCGCCUUCUCCGGCGCCGUGGUGGACGGGGACACGGCUUCUCUGGUGGAGAGGAAAUUUACCCAUUACUGCUUCCACUCUGUGGUUGUGAACCCUGCCUGCGAGCAGCUGAGGGAUUACCAGCGGAGUCUGGUCGUCUCCACUGUUCUCAGCACCUUGGAGUGCGUCCUCGGGCUCAUCAACCUGGUGGUCAUCAAAAGGUACAAAACAGCGCAGUUUUCUAGGAGCCGCCAGUCUCAGAGGCAGCGCGCCGGCGCGAUCAUCUUCAGCGAGGAGCGGGACUGCUCCUCGGCGGAUUUCCAGCCGGUGUCUUACAUCAAUUUAGGUGUUUUUAAUAUGUUUGACGAGACAGGUGCAGAAGUGCAGUGCGGGGGACACCCGUCAAUCGAGCUUCCGGGAUACUCGCCCACGGACCCGGAGCUCAAUCAUUGCUUCCCUUUCUCCUACCCGCUCCCCAGUGAACUGCCGCCCGCAUACGAAGACAUUUUCCCCGCUGAGGCAUGCAACACAUAGCCGCUCUGGAGCAGCUUCCAGCAGCGCUUUCCUCUGCUGUGACAAUCAAUGACUUUGUGCUUAAACAACCCCCCCUCUCCUCCUCCUCCUCCUCUUCCAACACUCCCCCCCCAGCAAAAACCAGUAAGUUACACAUGAGGACAACAGCAGUGGAUUUUAAUUCACCUUCUCAUUCUGAUAUUUUCUUACAUCUGCCUGGUAGCAUAUAUUAUACCUCACCAGUCAGACUGAUGUAGACGAACAGAUCAAAGUGAUACAGGCCCAGACAGUGCAGACAGAUCAAGGCCCAUAAACGCAACAGCUUGCUUGUAUAACAAAAGCAGAGUUUGUGUUUUGAGUGUUUGCUGUUAACAUUUUUACUUGUGAAUAAAAAGUGUAUUUAACCUCA